CUACUACAAUGUAUUAAGAAUAAUUAUGAUGGGCCCAAACCAUUCAGAUUCCUUAAUAUUUGGAUGAAUCACCCUAACUUCAUGCAGACUCUCAAAGACUCCUGGAAUUCUCAAAUCUGUUUUGGGGGUAUGACAGGGCUGGCUCACAAACUCAAAAGGCUCAAGGCUAUACUUAAAGAAUGGAACAAAGAUGUUUUUGGUAGGGUGGAGAAUACUAUUAAAGAGGCAGAACUCAAAGCAACUUCAGCACAAGAAAGGUUUGAGUUUGAUCCCUCAUAUGCCAAUAGGACUGAGGCUAAUAAAGCCAAAGCUGAACUUAUUUUGGCUACUGAAAAUGAGAUCAACCUCUGGAAGCAAAAGGCUAAUAUCAACUGGAUGGAAGGAGGUGAAAGUAAUUCCAAGUUUUUUCAUUCAUUUGUUAAAGGCAGGAGAAUUAAAUCCACAAUCAGAACCAUUGAUAAUAAUAAGGGGGAUCCUAUCAACAAAUCAGAGGAAAUCCAAAAAUUAGCAGUUGAUCAUUUCUCCCAGCUUUUCUGUAGUAAGAAGAUUAUCAAUCUUAACCCUAUCAAGGAGUACUUGGAAGUAAGAGUUACAGAGGCUGACAACCUGGAGUUGACUAAAGUACCUACUCGAGAGGAGAUUAAGGAAGUGGUGAUCAGACAGAUGAACCUAGAGCCGAUCCCAGAGGGCAUUGAGGAGGAGAUGUACGAUGGCGUGGCUGUCUCUUUAAUCUGUUGAUUAUGCUUUAUUUAAUUAACUUUAAUGCUUAUUACGUUUUCGGGCAAGAUCCCAAGUUGUUUGACUUUAAAAAGGCUUCCGCAUUAUUUUAAAUUACUCCGAUGGAUUUUUAUAUGUAUUGAAAGAACGUUUGUUUAAAAUUGUUUUGAAAAUGUUGCAAAUUCGGAUACCAAUCCAGUGG